GAAGGGAACGCGUACCACUGUGACGCGUAUCUAAUGUAGUUUGUAUACUCUAAGUGUAUAUUUGUUAUUGUGAUUGUCAGUGGAAUGGAUCAUCCCCGAAUUAGAUCAACUAGCAGCACAAAAAAGGUGAACAGUGACUAUGGCAAAAUGUAUGUGGACACCCCUAGGAGUACUGACGAUGAACAGCAGAGAAGAAAGAAACAAAAAAAAUGUACAUCACCCGGCAAGAACCAGAAGAAGUCAAAGAAAAAACAUAGUGAUGAAAAGUCACGAAAUAAACAUAGGAAAUCAAAACAUAAAAGCAGGAAGGCAUCAUCAUCAUCAUCAUCAACAGAAUCAUCAUCUGAGGAAAACUCAACUGAGUCAUCAGAUUCUGAUUCUUCCUCACGUUCUGUUAAACUCCUACAGAAACUGAAGGAGGAGAGAUUACGGCAAGCAGAAGAAAGGAGAAGACAGAAAGAACUGAUUAAAGCAACUGAAACUCCAGAGGAAAAGCGCUUGCGGCGCCUGUUGAAGAAGGAAGCGAAAGAGCGCAAACGGAAGGAAAGAAUGGGUUGGGAUAAUGAUUAUCUUCAUUAUACAAACACAGACAAUCCUUUUGGUGAUGCGAACUUGUUAGCAACAUUUGUUUGGUCAAAAAAAUUGGAUAAGGAUGGACUGACGGGAUUGAGCAGAGAAGAGUUAGAAAUUCGUAAUCGACAGAAGCAAGAGGAAAACAGAAGAGAACUAGAAAAGGUAAAAAAACGCCGUUUGGAACGGGAACUUGAACGCCAACAACGUGAGGAAGAAAUGUCAAUGAUGCAGCGGUCAAAGGAAGCUGCCCAGUUUCAGGAAUGGGAAAGACAAGAAGACCAAUUUCACCUCGAACAAGCACGUCUGCGUUCACGUAUUCGCAUCCAAGAUGGCCGGGCAAAGCCUAUUGACCUUUUGGCAAAAUAUAUCAGUGCUGAAGAGGAAGUGGAUGCCGUUGAAAUGCAUGAACCAUACACGUAUUUAAAUGGCCUGACCAUAAAGGAUCUUGAAGAUCUCAUUGAAGAUAUAAAGGUCUACAAAGAAUUGGAAAGAGGAAAGAAUCUAGAUUAUUGGAACGAUAUUACUGUGAUUGUAGAAGAUGAGCUUCACAAACUGAGGAAACUGGAAAAGCAAAGUGCAUAUGAAGCAGCUGUCGGAAGACGAGAAGGCAUACACCAAUCUGUGGCUAAAGAUGUUGCUGCUGUCUUCAAAGGCAAAACAGCCGCACAACUGGAAGCACUUCAGCAGCAGAUUGAGAGUAAAAUAAGUGGAAAGCCUGAAGGAGUUGAUAUAGGUUAUUGGGAGUCACUGUUAUCACAACUGAAAGCACAUAUGGCAAGAGCAAGGUUACGUGACAGACAUCAGGAGAAUCUGCGACGCAAACUCGAAGUACUAAAAGCUGAACAAGGUGUUGCCGCAGGUGCAUCUACAGAAGAUGAUACACAGGGAUCAGUGACGAUCAAGGAGGAACCUGGGACAGAUGGCCACAGCCACAGUGAUGUCAACAGUGCACAAGACUCUCAAGCCAGUGAUGAGGAAGUAGAUGAUGGAGCAAAGGAAGCUUCAGAACAAGCAGCUUGUGCAAUGCUUUCGGAGAGUUUUGCUGAUUACGAAUCAGGAGGGUACAGUCCGCAGUAUCUGAGCCAGUCCCAGCUCGACCCUGGAACACUUGUAACAACUGAGGAAGAUGACUUGCAACGAUUAAUGUUUGCAAGAAUGCAAGUACAAGGCACAGGAAGUAGAAUAGAGAAUGUUAUAACUGCAGAGGAGCAGGCACUGCAGCGGGAAGCGAGGAAAGGAAUGACAGCAGAUGAAGCUGAGUUCUCUGUGGAAAGUGCGUUGGACAGUCAGGUCUACUUAUGGUCUGACAAGUAUCGACCAAGAAAACCCAGAUACUUCAACAGGGUUCACACUGGAUUUGAGUGGAAUAAAUACAAUCAGACACAUUAUGAUAUGGAUAAUCCUCCUCCAAAGAUAGUUCAAGGAUACAAAUUCAACAUUUUCUAUCCAGAUCUGAUAGACAAAAGUACAACACCUGAAUAUUUUUUGACACCUUGCAGUGACAACAGAGAUUUUGCAAUUUUACGCUUUCAUGCUGGUCCACCAUAUGAAGAUAUUGCAUUUAAAAUUGUCAAUCGUGAAUGGGAAUAUUCCUACAAGCGUGGAUUCCGUUGUCAGUUCCAUAACAACAUUUUUCAGUUGUGGUUUCAUUUCAAACGCUAUCGAUACAGGCGAUAGCAUCACACUGUAUAUAACAACUGUCUUUGUACAAAGACUGUCAUUGAUAUUUUGCUGGAAUUAUUUUGUUACCAGGAUAUAGUAUCGUGCCUUUGUAUUAAUUGUUAACACAAAAUUUCUAAAUUAGUCCUACAAGUUGCUACAUAUGACUGUAUUGUGUUUGUGUGUGUGUGUGUGUGUGUGUGUGUGUGUGUGUGUGUGUGUGUGUGUUUGUUUGUGACACCUUUUACAUUCCUAUGUGGAUAUUCUGUUGCCAUACGAGACAUUGGAAGAUAUUACCUUUCUUUUGUGACAUGUCAUUCUUAAUUUUCGGUAAGAUGUUUGUCGUGUUGUGGAGAUAAAACUCAUUCACAUUAUUUACCAUGUAGUCUCACAGCAGUACAUUGGCCGUAUUACUAAUGUCUCCAGGCAAACUGGAGAAUAUAAACUGUACAUUGAGCUGUUGUUGUGGCUAGACACAUUAUUUAAGACAAUGGGCAUUUUACCUAGCCAUUGAGUAAAUCAUAUUUAUAAUUUCUGUAAAAAGAAUUGUUGUGUGAUACAAAAUGAGUGUAACUGUGACAAUGUAAAUGAAGCAGAUGUCUGAUAAGUAGUGUACUUUGUGAGAACUGUCUUCUAAGAAAAGGAAUAAGGAAAAAUAGUUAAAACCAUUGUUUCUGAAGAGGCAGUGCUGCAGCUAAACAAUUUUUGUGGAAAUAUUUCUGUAACUUUUGUGGCUUUCUUUCUGUUAUCAUGCUGUAAAUGAAAAAACAGAGUAAUUCCUAUCCAUUUCAUUCUAUAUUACACUUCUUACAGCUGAUACAGAAACAUGUAAGUGAUUCUUGAAGAUUUUUGUGAAUAUUCUGUAAUUUAAAAAUGCUUCCAGAUGUCAUGCAUUAUGGCAGCAAAAUAAAAGGGUAAUAUAAUAAUAAUA